CUUCCUUCUAGAGGAUCAUGGGAAGCAAUCCUGCUUUUGAAGCGGAGGGAUUUUCGAAACAUUUCUGAAAUAUCUUCGUUAUAUAAUGUAAUAAAACCGCAACGUUAAAACACUAACCAUCGUCUCAUUAGUAUAACCGUAUAAUCAGAAGGAAGAGAUGUUAAAAGAUGGAGCUGAAGCUGGAGGUUGUUGUGUCAUCUAGCAUCAAACGGAAGAAACCAUGGCCGCGAUUCUGCUGGCUGGGGCAGGAAAAGGAGUCAGUUUUUCUGUUGGAUGACAAACGGAUCAGUGAGAUCAACAUGGUGUCUGGUCGCACCAAGAAAAAGAUGCCUAAACUCCAUCCUCUGCUUAGCAGUGUGGUGAAAAUGACUCCAUCUCACAAUGGGAUGUGGUUGUGUGGAGUUUUGGUGUCCGGAGAGUUAUUUUUGUGGAACAGGGAUAAAGAUUUACUGAAGACUGCAACAGCAGUGCCUGAAGUGAUUCAGAUGAUCAACUCUGCUCAAGGAAAUUUUCUAAAGUUGUGCCUACAGGUUUCAUGCGAUGGGACGAGAGUGCUUCUGACUACGAUAACUGGGCAGGUGUUCCUGUGGGAGUGCACAGAGAGGAAGGAUUUUCCAGGCCUGCGGGACGGACCUGUUAAAGGGCAGUGGACUAAUUUACUGCCACUUAAAGAGACGAUUUUGCCUUCUUCAAAAGAUAAAGAAGCAUCCCAGCAGACCAUCUUUUUAAAAACAGAGGUUAUGAUGGACAUUUGCUUAUCAGCAUUUAUUUUCAUCUCUGGGAAGCAGCUUGUUGUCACCAUUCUAAAAAUUCAGUGGAGCCAAGGCAGUGUGAGGAUGGGUUCUGUUGGUUACACCAUACAGUGGGCUUCCAAAACAUACCCCAUGUCUCAUCUGUACCCACCCUGCCAGCCAGUAAAGUCCAGAGGAGCCUUAGUGCUAGCCUUUUCUCCUGAUGGACGCCUGUUAGCCAUUGUACUGAACCAGAGGAAGCCAAAGGACACACAGGUCCUUUUUGUGAGCAUGCAGAACUUUGUUUCAAUAUCAAGCGACCUGGGAGGAUGUGGAAGCAAGAAAAUGGAUAUCCCAUCAAAAUAUGUUAGGUCGUACUGGGUGAGUAGCAUCAGCUGGUCAGCAGGAGGCCUUUUCCUUGCCUGUGUCUUGAAGAGGGGCUCCCUCCUGAUGCUGGCUCGCCUUGGUGGGCUUCUCACCCUGACAAGUUCUGGUUGCAAUGUUGAUUUUGGUCCUGCGCACUUCCUGCCCCUGCAUCCGCUGGUCACCUACAGACCACCACUCUCUGGAGAGAAUGGAGAGGCCUCUCUUUCCAGCUCCAGCUUGUCUCUACGUGAUCUAAUGAGGCAGCGGUUUUCUGUCACCUGGCACCCCCGACUGCUAUAUCUCAUUGUGUCUGACGGCUACAUGGCCACAGUUAUGAAGGUGCAGGGCAGACUUUCAGCAGCACUCUUCCUGAAUGCUCUUCUAAAAGAAGCUGGCAAGGAUCUGGAAAAAGCAAGCAGCAAAUUAGAAAAAUCCCAGGUUCAUGUGAAGGCUUGGCUGGAGUCUAUGUCUUGCUUUAAUUCAGACAGCAGCCUUGAGGAGCUCAGUCCGUCUGUCACAUGUCGGCUUAAAGUGUCAGACUCCACCAUUUCAGCUGCGACAGAUCAAACCAGGCUGCCGCUGUUCCUGCAGGACCAGCAGACACUGGGUGGUACCAAGGAGCUCCUUGAAAGCAUGCAGACUUUCUUUGAAGAGGACUCUGAUUUGGAAGGACUUCCUGUUGGUUCUCGUUUGCAGGAAGGAGGCCGUUUAGAGUUUGCCUCAAUGUUUGACACUCUCCAUGCAAUGGACACUUACAGUGAAUCUGUUGUUGAUACAAACAGCAAGAAGAGACAAACAGAAAAGAAGAACCCUCUUUAUUCUGAGAUGGCGAAGAUUCAGAGGAAGCUGCUCACUGCUUGGGCUUUUGCCAUGUCAUUGGGGGAUGAAGUUGAACACAGAGUUCAUCUUCUGAAGCGUACGCUUUACUGUGUGGUUUGGUUUGCAGCUUUACUCCACCUGGCCCCCAUACGAGCAAGGGAUACCCCGGUUUCUACACGCUUGCUCCACCUCAUUAAAGCUCUGCUGUCUUUCCUGUCCUGGGACAGCCUUUCCUCAGAUGGACAGCACUGCUUGGGGCUAAUGGUGGGGUUUACUGAAAGGAUAGUGCGUCUUCUUUUCACCCCUCAGCCUGAAGCCCACCUGACUGAGAACUACCUUUUAUCAUCUCAAAGUUUAUCCAGGAUAAUUCAAAUCAUGCACUUAGUCUCCGAUUCUCUUGACUGCACUUACAGCUUAGAGCAGAAAACGUAUUGGUCUCCUGAGGAGUUUUCCUCUUCCCAGCCAUAUCUCUGGUCUUCAGAUGUUUACCAUGUACCCCUGCUGCAGGCUGUGAAUAAAGACACACCUGCUUUUAAACAUCAGCUGAUACCUGUUCCUCGGCAACCUUCAAGCAGAUUGCUUGGAGUCUGGCAGCUAAUUUAUGAUGUUACUCAGCGAUAUACAGAGGAACUGAAGAAGCUUAAAGGCUGCGAUGGCAAGGAGGAAGAGGAGCAAAAACUGUCUGCCAUCACAUCCCAGAUCCAGACAGCUCUGCAGGCAACAGGAGAAAACCUGGAAGACGGGCGUUUGCUGCUGAGUUACCAAGGCGAGGACCUUUUCCUUUGCGGUUUGUACGCACAAAGUACACAGAUGUUACAAUUACAAAUCUGUGAGGAGGCAAACAAAGGCGGGAAGCGUAGUGUGUUCCAGGAGAUGCGGCUUUGUCUGGCGCUCCUAUAUAGUCUGUUAUCCCAGUAUCACCUGAGAGAAGCCCAGGAGUUGGGGGACUACAUGGCUCAACUACUUCUGCUCAGAGCUGGAAACCAGACUGAAAGUUUGACUUGCAGUUCAGAUCAUCUUCCUUACCCAUGGCUGCCCAUGGAUCUUCCCAGUGAUGCCGCCCUUGCUGUAAUUCAGGCCCUCGGAAGAUUCAUGGCCUCUUACUUCACCAACCAGCCUCUCUUCAUUCUGCCUGCUCACAAUGUGUCCAUCCUGCCUCCUCUGCACCUACCUCACGCCUCAAAUAUCGGCCGUUUGGUGCCUUUGUCCCAAGAAGAAGUAGCCAAAGCAGUUCGACAGCAACACCUGUCAGAGGUGUGGACAGUGGACUAUGCCCAGGACUUGCUGCUUUUGGGGGGUCUCCUGCCUGAGGCUGUGUGGUUGGCAUCUCAUCUGGGUGACUGGAAAACUGCAGUGACUCUAAGCCUGGCCUACACCAGUUACUGUUCAAGGAAUUUUGACUUUACUCAGAUUAGAAGGAGAGAUUUCCUCCUACCAUCAGAGUUACAGCCAGAAAGCAUUUUUCAGGCUGAGCUGAAGAGUCUUCUUGGCAGUAAAACAGAUUCAGAGAAGACUUUUAAAAACGGGAACGAAUGCUUUACAGAUCCUUCGGAAGGAGAAGAUUGGGAGUUGUUACAGGCUUCUGUGCAUGAAAUCCUGAAAGCUUCAGCCAUGGCAGGAGUGAAUGUCAUGUCGUUUCCUUUGUCAACGUUGUUGGACAAAGCUAAAGAACUGUGCUCGUUCCUGCCCACACUGGUACCCGCUGAAGUGUACCUGCCUGCGCCUCCUCUGUAUUGCCCACAGCCUUCUCUAAACACACAGGACCAAAGUUGCGGCCCUGAAGAAUUUGCUGAAGUUGUUUGUCGUCACAAAGUCUCCGGAGUUCUCCAAAGAUUGCUCCUUCUUCUGAGAUCUGCUCAUUGUUGCCGUCCUGCUGCACAGUGGUACAUCAGUCGUCUGCGGCGUGCCAGACACAUCCUUCACAAGAUUAAAAAGAAGUAUUCCUAUCCAUCAGCUGCUGAGGAGGAAAAUACUUUCCCUGAGGGACUAUUAAAGUUGAUCGGCCGUUCUGGAUACUUUAGACGGGACCCUAAAAAAGACGACCACCUGGACCCUGACACCAUCCAAACCAUCAUUUGUUUCAGAGAGCUUUGUGCUUUAUGCUGGAUGCUCCAUGUCAGGGAUCAGCUCUCCCUUCUAUGCAGGAAGUAUCAGGCUGCCAGACAAGAAGCGAUCCCAGAGGAUUCCCAGGUGAAUUCAGCCAAUGUUAAUGCUCUUCUGUGGGCUUGUCGUCUUCUGCCUUUCAUCCACUUCCUCGGUGGUGAGGAGGUCCUUCAGGACAUACUCCUCAGUCUACUGUCUGAACUUCCCCCUGUGCCCUUGGUGGCGGAGACGCUGGUUCGAGUCUUCCCCCAGGAGGAAGAUUCUGUCAGAGUGUCUUUAAGAGAGAAAUAUAACUUACUGCUGCAGAGACUGGGCCAGUGCAACCUUGAAGAAGGGGGGGAAGAUGGGAACAAGUUGAUGAUGAUUUUUGUUCAAGACAGAAAGAGACACAGGAGGAAACAUUUUGGGCGAUUGCAGAGGCAUUUGGCCCCGCCUGUGCUACAUCUGUGGACAAAAGCAGAUGAAGAGGAGGAAAGGGGGGGGAGAAAUGACAUGGCCACUUUGGGGCAGCUGUCCUUGGCUACUACUGUGAGCACCAGCAGCUUAACCGAUGGUGGGUUCCAGCCAGUGUGCAGCGAUGCAGACACUGCAGCGAACACACCUGAGGCCAUCUCCCCUGAACGGCACAAGAGCAGGAAAAAGAAAUCAAAUAAAAAUGACAAGAAGAUUGAACCUGAUUUGGAAAGUGACCUUAAAGGGAACCCCAACAUUACAGCGAGAGACAAGGAGCAGCUUUCUCUACCAGUGGUCGGCUCCUGGGAGUUUGAGCUGGAAGAUGAUGAGUACCUAAAUUUCUUGGAGCUCUUCCUUAGCUAUGUGCUAGAGAAGGAUACUACGGAUGCUAUGGACUGUGGAGAUGAGCUACCUUUGUUGAAAGGCUUCAGCUAUCAGCUAAGGGAGAAGGAGUUGCAUUCAUUAACUUUCGAUGUAGUCUCUACUGUGCAUCGUCGUCAAAGAGGUGGGCACCUCCUAGAGACAAAGCACUCAGGGAAGCCCUCGUCUGUUUUUAGAGCAGGCUGUUGUUAUAAACAUAAACAAAACCCGAUAACCGAAGCACAGACUUCUUCAGUUUGGAGUGAAGAUCCCAUUUCCAGGGACAGCAUUCCUGUCAGCCUUCAUCUCGGGCAGAGAACUGAGAAACAUAGAGGUUUGUUUGGCCUCAGGCAACAGAGUGAUAUCUCAUCAUCAAGAGUAAAGAAAGCAAAUCUUUCCUCUACUGUAGAACACCCCGCAGAGAGCCUUAAACCUGGCUUUUUAUCAUCCGUGGAAACUGUCACUGACUUACAGCAGGGCCUGGAUCCUGAGUUAGAGGCCCGGUUUCCAGAACUGGGCAGGCUGCUGGAGUGGAUGGUACGCUGGGCUGAUAGAAGGAUCCUGUUAGGACAUCACAAUAAAAAGAAGAAUGACUCUUCAGGCAAACCGGAUGAGGGAGUUGUGAUUCGUGUGAAAGCAACAGCACCUGCUAUCCUUACCUCUUUAGGUUUGCUGGAGCACAGGUAUACGACUUCACCCCAAACUGAGCAGUACACUUCCUACUGCCACGUCCCUGAAAUGCAAUGGACUGUUCUCCCUGUGCUGCAUUCGGAUGUGGAAAGAAAGACUGAGAGAGAAAGCAGCAUCGAUACUGGCUACCCUGGAUCUGCCAACACUCCCAUCACUGGUCCUGAUCUUAAAGUGCAACAAGAAGAAACCUCUCCUUCUGUCAUGGAUGAGCGUGAGGAGCUGACGUCUCCUCCUCCAGCGGAUCAGGUUCAGCUCAGACCUCCAGGUUCCCCACAGCCCAGUUUCACUGACUUGGAUUUUACACCUGAAAAAGACAGAAGCUGGCACAGUAAGAGCGUUGCUGUGAUACCUUCUGAUUCCAGUGAGGCUACCUCCAAAGAUGUCUGCACGCCUGAAACGAGCUUAAAGCUUGAAGACCUUGACUACGCUGAAAAACGUUUAUUCAGUUCCCAAUCCCAUUAUCCUCCUGUUAAGCCAGAACCUCAUGCUCUUCCAGAUUUACACCGUGAACCUCCUUCUCAUGCUGAAUCUCCUGAUUCAGGUCCCGCCCCCCUCCCCAACCCUGCUACCGAUCAACCAUCUCUCCAACCACAGAUCUCCACAGCUGGUGCGCCCCCUCCUGAUUGUACAACUCCUGCUCCGCCUUUGAUAACUUCCCCAAUGAGACAGCGUCUGGGUGAAGACCUACUCAGACUGGUUCAGCACAUCAACUACAUGAGUCUGAAUGAGGUUUUAGGAGCUACGUUCUCCAGCCUGCAGCUGGCUCAGAGGAACUCCUCUUCUGUCAUCCCUGGCAUGAACUCCUCGCAGCCUAAUGUGCCUUCAUCUUCUGUUACUCAAGUUAUUCGGGAGGAAAACAUUUUUCCAGUUCAAAACGCUACCUCUGCCGUGCCUCAAACACAUGCGUGUUUGCCAAAGUCAGAAUCCUCUGACCCCCAGGUGAAUCAGAUGGAGUCAUGUCAUUUUGCAGCCCAGCCUGUCAUGCAAAAAACAGGAGACAAUCUGAAUCACUGUGUGAUGCAGCCGCUCUCUGUCCAAGCAGCGUCACCAGAAAUUCAGGAAAGUGAAAAAAGGAGACUGAUCCCUUCUUCACACGGGCUCUUGGCCACUACUCAUGGCAGUGACACUAAUCCACACCUGCCCCCUAAAGGCAGUGCACAGACUGGCUCUAAAGGCAGUGGACAGACAGGCUCUGCUGUGCAGAUGUUGGGUCUGAAGCUACUUAAACUCCAUCAUUCUGCUACGUCCCAGCAGGCUGUCCCACGCUUUGCUGCACAGCACACGCAGACUCCUGAGUCCCACCAGCCCAAAGUUACACUCUAUCAUCAAUCAACUUGGAAAAACACAGAUGGACAGCAUCUGACCUUUAACCCUUCACAUGAUCCACCUCACAGGAACUCUCCAUCGCCCAUAUGGCCGCUGGGAGCGUCCGUCGGUCAAACUUUCCCUCUACUCCCUCCUGCUUUUCAGACUCCUAUAUCUACACCGCUGCAUGGCCUUCGCCUGCUGCAGUUACAGGAUGUUCCUCGUAGCAGCAUUCGCUUCCCCAAAUUAACUACAGCAGUUGCACCAAGACCUGUUGUUAUUUCUGCUGGAAUGACAGAAGCACCUUUAAUUAGGCUUUUACACAUUGAUCCUGGACCCAAAAUGAUGGAACCCCAGGGAAUCCAUUCAAACUCAGUGAGUCAUCUUAUGGAGGAGUUGACAAGUGCAGAAACCUUGCAGCAAGAUGCUAAAGUGGCUCCACUGCACUUACCUAGACAAGCUGAAUCCUAUGAAGGCAUUAGAAAGCUAACUAGCUCCCUAAGCUUGAGUUCCAGUAAAAGGCAAAAGAGGAGAGAAGAUAAGACAAAGGGAAGGAAAACAGAAGUGUCAUUUUGUCUGAAUGAGUCCAUAAUCCCGGCAAAAGAGGCAGCUCACGUACCUGAAAGUAAAGAAGCUGCAAUUACUGAAGAGAUCAAACCUGCACAGGACAUGACAGUUGCAGGAUCCUCCAGUGAUUUGCUGACCGGUAAUAGAUUACUGGAAAAAUUCUUCUCCACUUCAGCCGAGCUCCAUGCCUUCGCUUCAACAAGCAAACAUCCCCCGGAGUGUCACGAUGCUUUCACUAACACAGAGCCAGCUCUUACUCCUACAGUUGAGAACAGAUCUGUUUCUGUCCAGGCCUCACUAAAAACUAGCAGCCUAAAAAUGCAAAGUCUAGAGAAUUUCCCAGAAGACCCUGUUCGAGGCACAGUGGAGAACCAGCAUGAAACAGAGAUGUUGAAGGAUCCUGCUGGCCGCCAGUUUCUAAGCGUCUUCGAUCUGGAAGAUGUGAGGCAGCAUGAAGCUGUGUUGCCAUCCUCCAGCUUACAACCACUGGAUGUUUCUUCACCAACUUCUGCCCAGCUUCAUGUUCUUGCCACCUCUGUCUUUAGCUCUGCUGCUCUACAUGGUUCACAACCCUCAACCUCAGUUCCAAACGAUCUGUUGAAACCCAGAUCUACCACAGAAGUCCCUGAGGCUCCUCCUUCAUUCAGUCAUUCUGGCUCCAGUAGACCUGCAGAGAGAAUCCCUUUAAAUGGCGACGCAUCGGUAGAUUCGGGUGAAUCCAAAACCUGUCGAGCCAUAAAGGACCAGACACUUGUCUCUGAUAGAGCCCCUUCCUCACCUCCUGCAGUUUGCUUCUCUUCACGUCUGUCAGAGCUUGACUCUCAGCUGGCUGCUUUGCAGAACAUCGCAGAUCGUCUUGAGAUGGACUUUUCACAUUCAAGAAUGCUGGUAAACAAAAUAGAAAAGCUGUCCUCAGAAAGUGAGUCUGAUGCAAAGGGAUUUAAAAGAAGUGUCAGACUUUCUGCUCCAAUCAAAGCAUGGACGUCAAGGCCAGAUCCAGACCUCUUACCUGCUUUGAAGGAAUGUGACGAAAUUAGGGAAGAACAGGAAGAGGAACCCAUGUUUCAUAAAGUCUCCUGCAGUCCUGCAACAAAGUCAUCGCGUUAUGAUUCAACCAAAUCUUUCUCUCCGAGUCGGGGUCCUUCCUCUGCUCACAUCGCUCCAGGUUCAAAUGCAACUAAUUCAGACAUUUUUGUUGUCUUUAAUCACAAGUUUAUGCAGCACUAUUUCCUUGUAGAAAUUUAUUUUAAAAAAGCAAAAAUUUUCUCAAAUCUUUCACCCAAAGGAAAAAAAGAGCACUACAGUGAAAGCUACGACGUGUCUCACGAAUGGACAGAAAUGAAUCUGGGUCAGACUGAGUUAUCCGACACUAUGGAAAUCUUAGACGAGUUGGUGAAGGAAGGCUACUUAUCUCCCUCUGACUGGGAACCAACUCAGACUGCAGGCCCAAGCAGGAGGCAGGACCAACAGCAACAUGGCUGGACAUCCCAAAACAGUACACAUCCUGAGGAGGAAAAGAAGGACCUGAGGAUUUGGAUGAGACGAAAACAAAGGGACAGACUGGCAGCUUAUCAGAAACACAGACAGAGCCUGAGGGAGAGGGAGCACAAACCGUUCUCUGCCUCUUCAGCAGGGCUAUCAGCAAGCAGAAAACAAUCGAGCAGUGGGAGAAACAAAGAUGAAAAAGAAAAGUCCAUGCUUCUGAAGCAAUCCUACCAGAGAACACAGGAGGCUUGCUCUUUGGCCAAAGACGUCCUCAGUUCUUCUGUAACUGCAUCCACUUCCACCCAGGGUUUUGGGCCUCCAGUUCUCUCCAGCACCUGGUUGAUUUCACCUCCAGCCCCCUCUCCUUUUAAUGCUUCGAGGCCUCUGACCGCAGCAGCUAAUGAUAAAAGAAGCCUUAAGUCUCAGUCAGGAGUUUCUCCUCCACCCCCACAUUAUUCUGCAGAGGGGAGACUUUCAGAAGAUCGCAGCAGAAGACUGGGACUUCAUCGACCAGUAACAUUUUUGCCGGGGGAUCGACUGUCUCAGAUAACAAGGCGUGGAAUGCUCAGCAACACCAAGAACCGAUCCAUGUUUCAUGAAUCUAACCAGAAUCAGGGCCAGCGUGUUGGAUUCCAAACAAGAACUGGAUCCAACGACGCGGUUUCCUGUGGAGCUGCUUUACGAAGAGGGAACCAGAGGGAGCUAAGACAAGUAAAGGAGCCUAAGACUGGGGAAGACUCUUCCUUGGUUUUAGACAGGAUUUUAGAUGGGCAGGAUGGUGCUGUCCCAGGUGGAGUUUCAGAAUUCGACUGGCUGGAUGAUCUCUCCGACAGCGCAGGCAGUAGUCUGAGCAGAAUAGACUGGGCUGCUAUUGAAAGGAUGGUGGCUACAGAAGAAGACUAAUAGGAGAAACAACUACUGUACAGUAAUCUUGAUCAAAUAGUACCAUAGCUGCCUAUAAUCAGAAUUAUAAAUUGUAGAUUUAAGAAUAUGUUCUUUAUUGUCUGAAGUUAGAUAUGGAAACUUUUUAAACAUUUUUGUUUUUAAUGUCUUUAUAAGUUAUCUUUAUAUUUCUAUAACUAUGUCUUAUUGACUGUUUUUAAGCUGUGGUUUAAUUA